AUGAUUUUAGGUGGAUGCAAACACAGUACCAUUCCAAGUGUUCCUAUCAUUUCCUCCAAGUCUCCUGCCUUAAAAAAGACUCCCUCCCUCCAAGUCUCCCACCCUAAGAAGGACUCCCUUCCUCCAAGUCUCCCACCCUCAGAAGGACUCCCUUCCUCCAAGUCUCCCACCCUCAGAAGGACUCCCUCCAAGUCUCCCACCCUAGGAAGGACUCCCUUUCUCCAAGUCUCCCACUCUCAGAAGGACUCCCUUCCUCCAAGUCUCCCACCCUCAGAAGGACUCCCUUCCUCCAAGUCUCCCACCCUCAGAAGGACUCCCUCCAAGUCUCCCACCCUAGGAAGGACUCCCUUUCUCCAAGUCUCCCACCCUCAGAAGGACUCCCUCCAUGUCUCCCACCCUCAGAAGGAUUCCCUUUCUCCAAGUCUCCCACUCUCAGAAGGACUCCCUUUCUCCAAGUCUCCCACCACCAGCAGGACUCCCUUUCUCCAAGUCUCCCACCCUCAGAAGGACUCCCUCCCUCCAAGUCUCCCACCAUCAGAAGGACUCCCUCCCUCCAAGUCUCCCACCUUCAGAAGGACUCCCUUCCUCCAAGUCUCCCACCCUAGAAAGGACUCCCGUCCUCCAAGUCUCCCACCCUCAGAAGGACUCCCUCCCUCCAAGUCUCCCACCAUCAGCAGGACUCCCUUUCUCCAAGUCUCCCACCAUCAGCAGGACUCCCUUUCUCCAAGUCUCCCACCCUCAGAAGGACUCCCUCCUUCCAAGCCUCCCACCCUCAGAAGGACUCCCUUCCUCCAAGUCUCCCACCCUCAGAAGGACUCCCUCCCUCCAGGUCUCCCACCCUAA